CUUUUCCGCCUUAUUUCCCGCCAAGAAUUUAAAGUUGUCAUUAUUAUCAAAUAUUUGUUUCACACUUGCACUAAUCAUUUUUAUCUUAUUGUAAUUUAAGUACAUAAUAUAAUCAAUAAUUCAUUUAUGAGUCACAGCAAAUUCGUCUGUCAGUGUUCUUUGUUGUUAGCUUAAGGGCGGACGCGGGUUAUCAGUGCUAUUUUGAAAAUUUCACAUAGUAAUUUCUUAGGAAUUUUAACUUAAACAAAUACCUAUAAGCAGUUAAUUGUUAGGAAGUGCGAAAAACGAGAAGAUUGAAAAUGAAGUUGCUGUCUAGCAUCAGGGAUAUACCUGCAUUUAACAAUGAAAAUGUGCACAUUAGGAAUGAACAAGAAUUGUUGGGAAAAAUUAACAAGAUUAUUCAAGAUGGACAUAAAAAUUUGCAAAUAGUAACUGAUUUUGAUUACACAUUGACAAAACCUUUAAUGGAAAACGGAUCGCCUGUUCUUACUACUUAUUGCUUCUACUGAUAAUGGAGAGUAGAAACAACAAGAAGUGCGUUAUUUGUAAUAAGAGGCGAAGUCGUGGUGGAUCACCCUUACUUUUGAGUAGGUUUCCUCUGGAUUCUGACCGUUGUCGAAUGUGGGUUAAAAAUGCUGGCUUAGAAGACUUAGCAUAUGUACCUAUUGAAAAGUUACACCAACUGAAGUUUGUUUGUGGUGGGCACUUCACUCCUGAAUCCUUCAAUGCCAAAGGAACUCGGCUGAAGAACUCAGCUAUUCCAACACUGGAAUUGAGCAAUCCCAUCUUGCCAGAUGAAGUUUUGACAGAGUUUCCUCUUCAUGUAAAAGACUCCAAUAAAGAAAACCUCAAGACAGUUCUUUAUGAUCAUUCAUUUUGCAUUCCAAAGAAGUCAAAUCCAGUUGAACGAGUUCCCCUUACAACUACAACCAAACAACUAAAUUCAACAUGUUUGGGAGCUGUGGAUAUACCAGAUUCUGGUAUUUCUGCGAAAACAACUUUUGAACCUCUUCCUUCUACUUCCAAUGCACCAGAACAUAUGACCUAUAAACCCAUUACUCAUGAUGAUAAAAACAUUUGCCAUCAAGAUGCACAGGCAGAAAUAUUAGUCCACAGUUAUAAAAGACCUAAGAAAAACAUUGAAAUGAAAGACACUUCAUCAACAUUUACAAUUAAAGAGAAGAGGCUUUGGCGACAGUUACAAAAUGCAAAAAAAACAAUAAGGAAUAUAGCGAAGGUAGUUGCAGAAGAACACAACAGAAAUUUUUUAAAUAUUAAAAAACUGAAUAGUACCAUUGUAAAUCCAACAUUCAAAAAACGACGCUGAAAAAGUAUAAAACAAGAUUUUCAGAAUACUGAACUGAACGAAGUUGCCAAUGUAGUUGCAUAGUAAUUUUCAUGUUUGGAAAACCGCAGUCACACGUUGUCAAAGUGCUACGGUACGUAGGUUUAAGUAACGUGUGACUACGCCUUUCCAAACAUGAA